AUGGAGGAUCAGGUAGCUCGCCUCGUGGACAAAGCGUGGGAGAAAUUCCAGCAGCUCCCGGCAGACCGUCGACUCUUAAUCGCGAUAGCUGGCAUUCCUGGCUCAGGCAAAACAACCCUCUCCCAAAUCGUCACCACAGCCCUCAACGCCCGGCACGCAAGCCUGCACCCAGAAGUCCCCGAGGCUGUACCGCCCGCUGUCUUCGUGCCCAUGGACGGGUACCAUCUGACACGUGCGCAACUAUCCGCUAUGCCGGACCCGGCUCUUGCCCACGCGCGGCGCGGCGCCGAGUUCACGUUUGACGGGCCCGCGUUCCUGACCCUGGUCAAGGCGCUGCGUACUGUGCCGCCGCCGCCUUUGCAACCGGUAUAUGCGCCGAGUUUUGACCAUGCGGUUAAGGAUCCGAAACCGGAUGAUAUUGCGAUUUUGCCGGCGCAUAGGAUUGUGGUUUUUGAGGGGAAUUAUGUGUGUUUGGAUAAGGAGCCAUGGCGCGAGGCUGCGCAGCUGAUGGAUGAGAGGUGGUUUGUGGAUGUAGACUUUGAAACGGCAAGGAGGAGGCUGGUGAAGAGACAUGUCCAGGCCGGGAUUGCGAAGGACGAGGAGGAAGCUGGGAAACGUGCUGAUGAGAAUGACCUUGUGAAUGGGGCGCAGAUUGUAAAGGAGAGGGUUGAUGUGCAUGAGAUUAUAAAGAGUAAGGAGGAUGACAAGUGGGUUCAUAAAUGA